GCUUCGCGCGCCCGCCCGCGCCCCGCGCCUCGCGCAGCAGGCUGGGGAAAGGGCGCUGCUUCUUUAUGUUUCACGCGCGCGCCGAGUCUGUGCCCCGGGGGCGGGCGCGUGAGCAGGCGUACUCCGACUGCUUCCCUCGCCCGCGCGGGAGACCGGAGCCAUUCCCCGCCCGGGGCGAGCCUAAAAUAGAAUAUCAACCACGUGCUUGAUUUAAUGGAGCAGUGAGAGACGUGCAGCCUGACGCUACCGCCUCCGGGACCGGGACCGGGACCGCCUCAACCUGGAGUCCCUUGCCCGGCGGCCCCGAGGGAGGAAGCGCUUUGUGUCCGUCUUGCAGUGCUCGUGCGAAUUGUAAAUUAGGUUUUUAUUCUCAAGAUGGAAACACCCGUAUUUGACAAAUCGGCAUCACCAUGUAGUACUCCAGAGGACCCUAGGACACCAGCCCCUCCAAGGACAAGCUCAGGCAAACAGCCAAUGAGCGCAACACUUAGAGAGCGAUUGAGGAAAAUGAGACGCUCGUUUAAUUCCGGUUCCAUUGUGGCAAAGCGUCUUAAGGUUGAUGCUGAAGGAAAAGAUUGUGCUUCUGAGGAAGCGGCUCAAUCCAUAAAGGAACCCUGUUCUGCCUUACAAGACAGUUCUCAAAGCCUGGAGGCGAACUGCACCGAAAGUAGCCCUUUGGAGAGUCCUUUGCAGGAGGGCCAUUCCUGUGGAUGUGUUCAGAAUUUGCCACACACUGUGUCGUUUGGGCCUGGCCUAAAUCAACAAGAUUUAUUGGAGGAGAAGAGAAGACUUGUGAAGCAGCUCCAAGAGAAGGAAGAGCUGCUGCGUAGGCUCAGACUGGUCAAGAUGUACAGAUCCAAGAACAACCUGUCCGAACUGCAGUGUUUGAUAGCUAAAUGGAGGAGUAGCGCCCAGUUGAUGCUUUAUGAGCUCCAAUCAGCAUUCUCUACAGAUGGAAAGAAAGUGAGCCUCACCCAGUUGAUAGACAGCCUUGGAUUAGAAGACCAAUUGCUACACUACAGCAGAACGGAGGAAGACUUUAUAGAUACAUAAUCAACAAAUGCAAAGCUCUCGUUACAAAAAUGUGCCCUCAAAAACGACUGCAUAAACUCUGAUUGCAUCAGAUAUAUUAAAUCAUCAUAGUUGUUUGCUUCAGUACUGGCUUGUUCUAAUAGACUGUUCACAGAGCCAUGUAAUUAGAUACAGUAUGUGCUGUAAGAGGCAGUUAUUUUCUGGGGAAGAUUAACUCAUGAUGAUUUGAGAAAAUUACCAUUGAGCGUGAAGAAAUAUGAAAAUGAAAUCUAGUAAUAUUUUACUUAAACAGCUGGCUGCAUCUUUUUCUGGUGAUCAGUUUGACACAUUACAUCGUCUUGUUUAUUAUGAAAUAAUGGAUUCAAGUUAUCUGCUGCUUCUAGUUAUGCUAAAAUGUGAAGGAGCUCAACCUUUUGUUUGUAGUAUGCAUCCCUUUUCCAAGUUUCUUCCUACUGCCAGCCAACUGAUGCCAGUGUUCUGAGCAUUAAGUAUCUAUUUGCAUAUGCUUAAUUAGUAAAAACAAUGAUACCACAAUAGAACUAGCUCUCAGCAGUACAUAAACUCUAGUGUUUAAAAGCAGAAUAAUUUCUAAUAGGAGCCUUUAGAUGUCUGCCUAAUCUACCUUUCUGCAUGUACCUGAUGCUACAUGAAACCCACAUUUCGCUUUGAUAUUUUGUCUUAACUGGAAUGGUAUUUUAUUAGUUAUCCUAGUUUCUCUUUUGCAGAGCUUCAACUUAGAGGUGCACUGAUACAUCGGUCCCAUAUCGGCUCAGCACCAAUAUGAGGAAAAUUGAGAGUAUUGGCAAAUGGCUUUUUUUUUUUUUUUUUGGCCAAUAAUGUGACCGAUAAAUGCCACAUGCAGGAGCACAACCCAGCAAUGAGACCAGUGCUGGGCUGGUAACUCUGUUGUGGGGGAAGCCACGGGGAGGAAGAAAGUGGU